AUGUCUAAUGUUCCCUUUGUGCCUUUAGAUGGGGUCUCUUUUCACACUGAAGAAAGUGCAAGCCUAUGGAAGUAUGUAGUUAAACGUAAUAUUGUGCAUGAGAAAGAAUUAUCUGAUUGUACUCAAAAGUGUGUUAAGUCUAUGGAGUUGAUUCAAACUGCUAGUCUUGAAAGAACUGUUUUGAACUUAGGACCCUACUAUCCCCCACUGAGGGUACACAUUAGGCGCCAUUCGUUUGUUUUCUCUGCUACCGUGAUCAACCAAUUUCUUUGUCGAAAUGUGCCUGAAAAUGUGAGGAAACAACAUCCUUCUCUAAGAGAUUUGGUGUUUGAAUUGAUUGGAGAAGCUCGUUCCACUUGGCCACGAAGGGGUCAAUUGCCUACAGCUGGUUUAAAUGUUAAAUAUACUCUUCUGCAUAGGAUUGGGAUUUAUAGCUGGUGCCCUUCUUCGCAUAAAUCUAGUUUAUCCAUUGCUCUUGCUACUUUGAUGUAUCAAGUUGGGACUAGAGCACAGUUCAAUUAUGAUAAGCCUGAUCUUUUCACUGCUUUAGAAGUUAUUGGACCAUUUUCAAGUCUUUUCUCCAUCGACCCUAAGCUCCUACAGGGCCACUAUGUUCUUGAUCUAAAUACUACCACGAUAACUUAUCAUCUUGAUGGCUCAAGUCAAAUAAUGGCUUCUUCGUUUAGUGGUCAUAUUCUCCAACUGCUUUCUGUUGAAUCUCAUGACCUUGAGUCUUUGGUGCACCAGCUUCAGGAGAGAAAAGCUGAAGUGGAUAAGGUUUUAUUGAUUAUGUGGUUUGUCUUGUCUAGGGAUGUAGAAGCUUCCUCUUCUCAACCACGGAGUUAA